AUGGGUAGAUAUGGGUUCGUUCAAAAAGUGGUGGGUGACCUUUGUUUCCUCGAUUCUUCACCUUUCGCGAAGUUAUUGGACUCUUGCGUUCGGUCAAAGUCUGGAAUUGACGCGCGUUGCAUUCAUGGUCAAAUAAUUAAGACACAGUUUUCAUCUGAAAUCUUCAUUCAGAAUAAGCUCGUUGACGCAUAUGGAAAAUGCGGUUGUUUUGAGGACGCACGCAAGGUGUUUGUUCGUAUGCCGCUGAGGAACACUUUCAGUUAUAAUGCGAUUUUAACCGUGUUGACGAAGUUUAGUAAACUUGACGAGGCUCUGAACGUUUUUAAGUCGAUUCCCGAGCCUGACCAGUGCUCAUGGAAUGCUAUGGUGUCGGGUUUUGCACAACAUGAUCGAUUUGAGGAAGCGUUGAAGUUCUUUGUUGAUAUGCAUAGUGAGGACUUUGUGGUUAAUGAGUAUUCGUUUGGGAGUGCUCUUAGUGCUUGUGCAGGGUUGACAGAUUUGAAUAUGGGAGUUCAAAUCCAUGCUUUGAUAUCAAAGUCUCGUUACUUAUUAGAUGUUUAUAUGGGUUCUGCUCUUGUUGAUAUGUACUCCAAGUGUGGAGUGGUGGCUUGUGCUCAAAGGGCUUUUGAUGAAAUGGUUAUCAGGAAUAUAGUUUCUUGGAACAGUUUGAUUACGUGUUAUGAGCAAAAUGGGCCUGCGGGAAAAGCUCUGGAGAUUUUUGUUCGGAUGAUGGAUAAUGGGGUUGAACCUGAUGAGGUAACUCUGGCCAGUGUGGUCAGUGCGUGUGCGAGCUUGUCAGCAAUCAGGGAAGGUUUGCAAAUUCAUGCUCGUGUUAUCAAACGGGAUAAGUUUCGGAAUGACCUUGUGUUAGGCAACGCAUUAGUUGAUAUGUAUGCAAAAUGCAAAAGAGUUAGUGAAGCUCAAUUAGUGUUUGAUAGGAUGCCAGUUAGGGAUGUGGUGUCUGAAACAUCCAUGGUUAGUGGAUAUGCCAGGGCAGCCAGUGUGAAAGCAGCUAGGUUGAUGUUUUCAAAGAUGAUGGAGAGGAAUGUCGUGUCCUGGAAUGCCCUUAUUGCAGGUUACACACAAAAUGGGGAGAACGAGGAGGCAGUUAGACUUUUCCUCCUUCUGAAGAGGGAAUCUGUCUGGCCAACCCAUUACACCUUUGGGAAUAUUCUUAAUGCGUGUGCAAAUCUUGCCGAUCUGAAACUUGGUAGACAGGCUCACACUCACAUUUUGAAGCAUGGAUUUUGGUUUCAGUUUGGAGAAGAAUCUGACAUUUUUGUAGGGAAUUCUCUGAUUGACAUGUACAUGAAAUGUGGAAUGGUUGAAGAUGGAUGCUUGGUUUUUAAGCAAAUGGUAGAAAAGGAUAUUGUCUCAUGGAAUGCCAUGAUAGUGGGGUAUGCACAAAAUGGCUAUGGUAUGGAUGCCCUUGAAAUUUUCAGGAAAAUGCUGCUAUCUGGAGAAAAACCAGAUCAUGUAACUAUGAUUGGAGUUCUAUCUGCAUGUAGCCAUGCAGGACUUGUUGAAGAAGGACGGCGGUUCUUUCACUCGAUGAGGGCUGAGUAUGGUUUAGAACCGUUGAAGGACCAUUUUACAUGCAUGAUUGAUUUACUAGGUCGGGCUGGUUGCCUUGAUGAAGCAAACGAUUUGAUACAGACAAUGCCGAUGCAGCCUGAUGCUGUUGUCUGGGGAUCUCUACUUGCUGCUUGUAAGGUUCAUGGAAACAUUAAAUUAGGGAUGUAUGUAGCAGAAAAGCUCAUGGAAAUUGAUCCCUUGAACUCUGGACGUUAUGUUCUUCUUUCAAAUAUGUAUGCUGAGCUUGGAAGAUGGAAAGAUGUGGUGAAAGUCCGGAAACAGAUGAGGCAACAGGGAGUAGUUAAGCAACCUGGUUGCAGUUGGAUUGAAAUUCAGAGUCGUGUGCAUGUUUUCAUGGUGAAAGAUAAAAGGCACCCUCGUAGGAAGGACAUCCAUUUAGUUCUGAAAAUUCUCACAGAACAGAUGAAGCGGGCUGGCUAUGUGCCAGAAGCUGAUGAUGAUGAGAUUUGUGAGGAGGAAAGUGACUCUGAACCUGUCUUUCAAUGUGAAAUGGAGCCGCAGGCUGAUAGUGCAGUUGCAUAA